AGAGAGAGAGAGAGAGAGACGAAAGAGGGGGUGGCAGAAUCCGCACUAUAACAAAACACACGCACGCAGGCUUUUUGAUCAUGGCGAUGGCGUCCAGGUUGAUGUGGGCUUCGAGGGCCGCCUCCUACCUCAAGAUCUCCACCUGCCCUAGAGCCUUCUCCACAGUUAUUAAAGAUUUGAAAUAUGCUGACACACAUGAGUGGGUUAAAGUUGAUGGCUCUUCUGCAACAAUAGGAAUAACUGACCAUGCUCAGGAUCAUUUAGGUGAUGUUGUGUAUGUUGAAUUGCCAGAAGUUGGUUCCUCUGUGAAUCAGGGGAAAAAUUUUGGUGCAGUUGAGAGUGUCAAGGCAACCAGUGAUGUAAUUUCUCCCGUUUCUGGAGAAGUUGUUGAAGUCAAUACUGAGUUAAAUGGUUCUCCUGGGUUGGUUAAUGCAAGUCCAUACGAGGAUGGCUGGAUCUUAAAGGUCAAAUUGAGCAACAAUGGAGAAGUGAAUUCAUUGAUGGAUUCUGAACAGUACUCAAAGUUCUGCGAGGAAGAGGAUGCAAAGCAUUGAGGAUAUUCAUUUUCAGAAUCACUUCCAUGCCUCUGGUUAGAUGUCUCUUGAGGUUUCAUUGCCUCUGUUCCAUGCAAACUUUGGCUGAAUUUGAUUUUUAAUGACUCAUCUAUAUGCAUUUUUUUUUUUGGCAUUUAAACCUUUUUGAGAUAAUAAAUAAUGGGUUGUUAUUUUCGUGUCAUA